CAAAGAGCCGGAAAAGGCCAAUUGCUGUCCUCUCCGGAGGACAUCCAGGUGAGAAUGGGAUAGUGAUCUAUCCAUGAGUUGCUGUCGCUCUUACGCGCCCUUUCGCAGUGUCCACGCCAGUACGGGCACUACGAGUAUGCUGCGUCUCCGCACUGUCACACCCGCGGCCCUGCUGCUCGCAAGCGGCCUCUCAUAUUCCUACAAUGGCCGCGGUCGGUUGCGAGCAGAUGGUCCAACGAAUCUGUGGGAGAAAAGGACCUUAUAUUCGACGGAUAAUUCCAGAAAUGUCGACAAGAAUGACAGUCCGUAUGUCACGGAGGGAUCGCAUGAGACGGCUGCCGAGAGAAGUUGUCAUGCACCGCAGUCGGAUGCGCCAAAUAAUUCUCAGGCUGGUUCUCAGGAGGAAGCGUCAGCCUUCGCGACAUUUACGCGCAAGUUUGCGGUGACCAAGGACUCAUUUGGUUCAAUUGAAUGGUCCAGCAUUGGGGACAGUAUAAAAAACUACAUUGUACCCGAAUGGGCCCGUUUCCUCCCCGAAACCAUCCAGAAACUCCAACGGGAAUUGUCACUAGCUCCUGGAUCUCUUGCAGAUGAUAUCUGGAGAGAGGCACGCGACGUGCACAUCAACCCGGAGAUCGGACAGGAUGCAAGGGUUCGUGUCGGGGACACCCUGUGUCCAGAAGAGAUAGCAUUUCGACAAGAACGACAAAAGCACGCCGCCCGCGCAUUGGCAAAAUAUCUCAACAUCAAGGAAGAAGAAAUCCACCCGGAUGAUGUACCCAUAAUCGCCGUAUGCGGCUCUGGGGGCGGACUGCGUGCUCUUGUAGCGGGCACCGGCUCCUACUUGGCCGCUCAAGAAGCUGGACUGUGGGACUGCGUGACAUACACUGCUGGUGUGAGCGGAAGCUGCUGGCUGCAGACACUGUACCAUUCAACGUUGACUGGACGGGACUUCAACAAGAUGGUUGACCAUCUGAAGAAUCGACUGUCGGUCCACAUCGCAUUCCCGCCCAAAGCAUUAAGCCUGCUCACAACAGCACCGACAAAUAAAUAUCUUCUUGCCGGAUUGGUGGAAAAGCUGAAGGGCGAUCCUGAGGCCGACUUUGGUCUCGUGGAUAUAUAUGGACUGUUGCUCGGCGCCCGGCUUCUCGUCCCGAAAGGGGAACUGAACGUCUCUGAUGAGGAUCUCAAACUCUCAAAUCAGCGGAAGUACCUAAGAAACGGUGCUCAUCCACUUCCGAUAUAUACAGCUGUCCGUCACGAAAUACCCAUGAUCGGAAAGAAUCAAGAGCAAACCACCGAGAUUAAGGGACGACGAGGCCCGGAAAAGCUCAAGGAGGAAGCAAAGAAGGAAGCAUGGUUUCAGUGGUAUGAAUUUACUCCAUAUGAGUUCUUCUGUGAGGAAUUUAAUGCGGGAAUACCAACAUGGGCUCUGGGAAGGCACUUUAACGAGGGAAAGAAUGUUGUUCCUCCCGGAGAAUACGCUGUGCCAGAGCUUCGUGUACCCGGAUUGAUGGGGAUCUGGGGUAGCGCUUUCUGUGCGACCCUUUCUCAUUAUUACAAGGAGAUCCGACCUGUCGUCAAGGGGCUGGCCGGUUUCGCUGGAAUCGAUUCGCUGAUUGAAGGGAAAUCUCAGGAUCUGAUUCGGGUCCACCCGAUAGAUCCUGCUUCGAUCCCGAACUACGUGAUGGGAAUGAAAGAUCAGCUGCCACGCUCGUGCCCUGAGUCCAUAUUCAGCAGCACUCAUCUCAGGCUAAUGGAUGCAGGCAUGAGCAACAACCUUCCUAUAUACCCUUUAUUACGGCCUGGAAGGAACGUCGACGUAGUGGUGGCCUUUGAUGCGUCUGCAGACAUCAAGAGAGAAAACUGGCUAUCUGUGGUCGACGGUUACGCAAAGCAACGAGGUGUCAAGGGAUGGCCAAUCGGUGCUGGAUGGCCAAGAGCAAGCACCAACCCCGAAGAUAUGGAAAAGGCUCUGAGAGAACCUCAGAAUAUCAGUGAAGAGAAACUAGAUGAAAGAGUCACCGCGGCGCAGAAGAGUAACCCAAACAUGCAUGAUGCCAAGAUAGGAACGCCCGAGACAACAAACGCAAGCCAAGAACCAAACUCCGAUGGGCACGAAGCAGCAGCAAAAGAUACCGACCUGAGUUAUUGCAACGUGUGGGUGGGAACGAAACAGCAGAGGACCUCCGAUGACGAGCCUCCUCCAUCAAAACGUCUCUUCCACCCGCAACAUGAUGACCACUCUGAAUCGGAUUUCCAUCUCAUGAGCCCGGACGCCGGAAUUGCGGUGAUUUAUUUCCCAUUACUGCCCAAUCCCUCUGCCCCAGAACUUCCCUCAACAUCAUCACUUCCAAAGACACCUGCUCCUCGACCUUCAGAGAAGUCCUCUGCGGACGUAUCUGAUCCUACAAAGCCCCUCACGCCACACCCAUCUUCCAUCGACCCUGAUGUCGACGACUUCCUUUCCACGUGGAAUUUCGUCUACACCCCAGAACAGAUUGACGCCGUGAUCGGUCUUGCCAAAGCGAAUUUUGCAGUUGGUGAAGAACAGACGAAGCGUGUCGUGCGAGCAGUGUACGAAAGGAAAAAGAGGGAUCGUCUACGAAGGGAAAUGAAAGCCCUCGAAGAAAGACUCGAGAGAGCUGCUGAGGAGAGAAAACGGCUGACCGAGGGAUUUGUGCCGAUAUAAUAUGCACGGUCUGCAGCGACUUGCGGCAAUGGAUUUCAAACAUCCAAGUACACUCGUCUCCAGUCACGAUACUGACACUUUAGGCGCAGUCCUAAUACAUGGAGGCUAGCCGCGGGCAGCACUAGAGGAGACAGCAACAGGGCAGGUAUCUGGAUUUACUAUCCGGAGGGGCACUCGGGCAUUUGGUCUUCCUCUUGGCCUGGGUUCUGGAUUGCACAUUACCCAUACAUACAUAACUACUACACCAUCACAUUGUUGAGCGACUUGGACCCUACUGGAACGUGGACGAUAGAUACGAUAUCUUGAAAAUAAGCAUAGCAUACGUAGAAUAUCAAUUUCAUAAUAUAUUAUUGUUAUUAUAUACGAUAAGA